AUGAAAGUAUCAAUUAGCACAAUAACAAGUAAUCAAUGUGGUUCAGUUUCUAAAAUGGUACUAGCUGGCACCACAGAUUCAAUUGGUUGCAUAGUGACGUUUAACAGUUCUGAUCAAAUAGCGGAAAUGUUUUUUGCUGCGGCAAUAAUCAUUGAAGAUUUCAGUAAAGCAACUUCACUAAUACCGUCUAGCAGUGCACCAGCUCAAUUUAUUAUUCAAACUGUUGGUACAUUAAUUUACUCAUUAAAAUCAGAGGUAGGACGCAAUAGAGUACUUUAUACUAGGGGUGGACCAUUUCCGUUAAUUUGA